UCCGGACACCAGACGAUGCCCUGUCGGGAUAUUUUCUCCGUUGUUUUCUCGGUGUCUCUAGCAUCACCGUUUUUCAAAUAUCUCGUUUUCUCUUCUUCUGUUCCUGCUGAACUAACCCAAAACCGUGAGCAGUUUUUGAAGAUGAUCAACACAGUGACGAUGCACGAAACAAAAGCUUGAAAAAUCCAUAGAUCCGAAGAUCGAAGGAAGGUCGUUUGUGCUUAAGUAUUGGUGCUUUUUAUUGGGCAGAUCGAGCCUCCACUUGGACCAGGUGAUAACAGGUAAACAUUUCUCUUAGGAAGGAAAAAGAAAGAAAGGAUGUCUUACCUUCUUCCUCAUUUGCACUCUGGUUGGGCUGUCGACCAAGCCAUCCUCGCUGAGGAGGAACGUCUCGUUGUCAUUAGAUUCGGUCACGACUGGGAUGAAACUUGCAUGCAGAUGGAUGAGGUAUUAUCUUCAGUUGCUGAGACGAUUAAGAACUUUGCAGUGAUCUAUCUGGUUGACAUCACUGAGGUACCUGACUUUAACACCAUGUACGAACUGUACGACCCUUCAACAGUCAUGUUUUUUUUCCGCAACAAACACAUAAUGAUUGAUUUGGGGACCGGAAACAACAAUAAGAUAAAUUGGGCGCUUAAGGACAAGCAGGAGUUCAUCGACAUCAUUGAGACUGUCUAUCGCGGGGCCAGGAAAGGUCGAGGUCUUGUGAUAGCACCCAAAGAUUACUCUACCAAGUACCGUUACUAGAUGCGGUUGCUUGAGCUUGUUAUAACAAACUCUUUAUCUGCAUAAAAUCAACAGCAUGUUUGUUUUUAGAAGUAUUUGGGUAGUGAGUAUAUAUACACCACUUGCAGCAUAUAAAUGCCACUACCUAAAACCUCUAAUUGUUAUGUUUGUUUUAUGACUACUUUCAAAACCAGCAGAAAAUGAUACAAGAUAAACCAGUGUGCACAAGGGUAUUUUAUGUCCAAAAAAAA